AUGAGAUCGACCAAGAAAUACCAGGUGCGGGACCUUGAAGCCUUCUGUGCAGUAUCCAAAGUACCUUAUAGCUCUCUUAUAUUAGCCUUCUGUGCAGUAUCCAAAGUAUCUUAUAGCUCUCUUAUAUUAGCCUUCUGUGCAGUAUCCAAAGUACCUUAUAGCUCUCUUAUAUUAGCCUUCUGUGCAGUAUCCAAAGUAUCUUAUAGCUCUCUUAUAUUAGCCUUCUGUGCAGUAUCCAAAGUAUCUUAUAGCUCUCUUAUAUUAGCCUUCUGUGCAGUAUCCAAAGUACCUUAUAGCUCUCUUAUAUUAGCCUUCUGUGCAGUAUCCAAAGUAUCUUAUAGCUCUCUUAUAUUAGCCUUCUGUGCAGUAUCCAAAGUACCUUAUAGCUCUCUUAUAUUAGCCUUCUGUGCAGUAUCCAAAGUAUCUUAUAGCUCUCUUAUAUUAGCCUUCUGUGCAGUAUCCAAAGUACCUUAUAGCUCUCUUAUAUUAGCCUUCUGUGCAGUAUCCAAAGUAUCUUAUAGCUCUCUUAUAUUAGCCUUCUGUGCAGUAUCCAAAGUAUCUUAUAGCUCUCUUAUAUUAGCCUUCUGUGCAGUAUCCAAAGUACCUUAUAGCUCUCUUAUAUUAGCCUUCUGUGCAGUAUCCAAAGUACCUUAUAGCUCUCUUAUAUUAGCCUUCUGUGCAGUAUCCAAAGUACCUUAUAGCUCUCUUAUAUUACCCGGCUAG